AUGCUUGGAGCACCUAUUAACAUUCAAAAGUGGAUUGAGGCGAAUGAGGACAAGUUGAAACCUCCUGUUAAUAACUACUGUCUACAAAAUGGUGGGUUUACAGUCAUGAUUGUUGGUGGUCCAAACGAAAGGACUGAUUAUCAUAUCAACCAGACUCCAGAAUGGUUUUACCAAUACAAAGGUGACAUGCUCUUGAAAGUUGUAGAUAAUGGGGAAUUUAGAGACAUUCCUAUUAAGGAGGGCGAGUCUUUCCUCCUACCACCAGAUACUCCUCACAGUCCUGUUCGUUUUGCAAAUACUGUUGGAAUUGUUCUUGAACAGGACAGACCAGAAACAAUGAUGGAUAAAAUGAGAUGGUAUUGUAAGAAUUGCUCUGAAAUCUGUCACGAGGAAGCAUUCCAUUGCCAUGAUUUAGGCACUCAAGUCAAAGCUGCAAUUGACAAAUUUGAUAAUGAUAUUAAAUUGAAAACAUGCAAUUAUUGUGGUACUGUCAAUAAAUCAAGACCAUAG